AUGGCGAGUGAGUCGCAAAAUUGGGUGUUGAUGGUGACUGCGCAGACACCAACCAACAUUGCUGUGAUCAAGUAUUGGGGGAAAAGAGACGAAACCCUGAUCUUACCAGUUAACGAUAGUAUCAGUGUCACUCUCGAUCCUGCUCACCUCUGCACCACCACCACUGUUGCUGUUAGUCCCGCUUUCCAACAGGAUCGCAUGUGGCUCAAUGGCAAGGAGAUUUCUCUUUCUGGGGGAAGGUUCCAGAACUGUUUAAGGGAGAUUCGCACACGGGCUUGUGCUGUCGAGGAUAAGAAAAAGGGUAUUAAGAUCACAAGGGAGAAUUGGAGCAAAUUGCAUGUUCACAUUGCUUCAUACAACAAUUUCCCUACUGCAGCAGGGCUGGCUUCAUCAGCUGCGGGUUUUGCCUGCCUUGCUUAUUCCCUUGGGAAGCUAAUGAAUGUCAAAGAGGAUGAAAGCCAGCUAUCUGCUAUUGCAAGGCAAGGAUCAGGUAGCGCUUGUCGCAGCUUAUUUGGGGGAUUUGUGAAGUGGAUAAUGGGAAAAGAGGAUAAUGGAAGUGAUAGUCUUGCAGUUCAGCUUGCUGAUGAAAAGCACUGGGAUGAUCUUGUUAUUGUUAUUGCCGUGGUUAGUUCACGGCAGAAGGAAACAAGUAGCACCUCCGGUAUGCGUGAGAGUGUUGAAACAAGUUUGCUUUUAAAACACAGGGCAAAGGAAAUUGUGCCAAAGCGGAUACUGCAAAUGGAAGAAGCCAUUAAAAAUCGUGAUUUUGCAUCUUUCUCACAAUUGACUUGUGCUGAUAGCAAUCAGUUUCAUGCAGUCUGCUUGGAUACAUCCCCCCCUAUAUUUUACAUGAAUGAUACAUCCCACAGAAUAAUCAGCAUUGCUGAAAAGUGGAACCGUUCAGAAGAAGCUCCCCAGGUAGCUUAUACAUUUGAUGCGGGGCCAAAUGCUGUUCUAAUUGCACGUGACAGGAAAGCUGCUACCCUUUUGGUUCAGCGGCUGCUUUAUUACUUCCCUCCGAAUUCAGAUGAUCUCGACAGUUACAUUAUUGGUGACAAGUCAAUUGCGAAAGAUGCUGGGAUCAAUGGAAUACGGGAUGUAGAAGCUUUGCCACCUCCUCCAGAAAUUAAAGAUAACAUUCUAUCACAAAAAUACAAGGGGGAGGUCAGUUACUUCAUAUGUACCAGACCUGGAAGGGGACCUGUUUUGCUUUCUGAUAACAGUCAAGCACUUCUCAAUGAUGAAACUGGGCUUCCAAAGUAA